AUAUUCUUCCAGGUUACAAUAUCAAUGUUGGUGGAUCAGUGUUGAUGAUACGCAUUGUUUUCGUUCUGCCGUGGAAGCUAUGUACCUUGGCUUGGUUUUUAUAGACCAAUGGCAAUAAUUAGCACAUUGUUCGGAAAGAUACCCAUCUUCAGAAUAGCCUGCACCAUGAGUCUCGUGUCGUCAUCGCUAGUUACCUCCAUGGCAGACCUUUCCACUGGAUGCUUGAAGACGAAGAUGUCCAGCGCACGAGACAAGACAUCUUGUCAAGUCUGUGCCCGGGCAGCCCGGCAAGUGCUCGACAUAGAUGUGAAUCUUGCCUGUUUUGGAGCAAACAAGUUGCCCUCCGAACGACUCUAGUUGAUGCAGC